AUGACGGAGCAGCACCACACCCGCAUCAGCGUGCUGAUCUCAGGCAGCGGCUCCAACCUGCAAGCCCUCAUCGACGCGACCAAGGACGGCCGUCUCCCCAACUGCUCCAUCGUCCGCGUAAUCUCGGACAAGAAGGCAGCUUUCGGCCUGGAGCGCGCCAAGCAGGCCAGCAUCCCGACCCACUACCACGGUUUCCCGCCGUACAAGGAGAAAUUCCCCCAGCUGCCGCGCCAGCAACAGCGCCAGGAAUUCGACCGCGACCUGGCGAAGCUGAUCCUGGCCGAUGAGCCGGAUAUCGUAGUCUGCGCUGGCUACAUGCUCAUCCUAACCGAGCCGCUCCUCCAAGCUCUCGUGGAUGCAAAGGUGCCCAUCAUAAACUUGCACCCCGCGCUGCCCGGUGAAUACAACGGCACUCACGCCAUAGAGCGUGCUCAUGCCGACUGGAAAGCCGGCAAGAUCACUCGCACCGGAGUCAUGAUCCACUAUGUCAUCCUGGAGGUGGACAUGGGCACGCCGAUCCUGACCAAGGAGAUUCCGUUCGUGGAAGGCGAGGACGACAAGCUCGAGGUCUUCGAGGACAAGCUCCACAAGAUCGAGUGGGGUGCCAUUGUGGAAGGUACCAGAUCGGCCAUCGAGAGGUUGUGGGUGGAAAAAUCCAAAUGA